AUGGCAAAUGUCACGAUGCAGAUGACUUUGUUGAAAUAUGCAGAUCUGAUGGUCUUACUGGUUAUAUUCGGACUCUGCCAAGAUGUACAGUGUCUCACUCCUACAAACUUUUUGAAAAGAGUGGGACUAUUUGGUAACGAUAUGUCAGACUUCGAUCCAGAUAACCUGGGAGGAUUGAAUCGACUUUUUAAUCUUCUGUCUCAGAUGAGAAACAACGUUGAGUCUGGCGUGAAAUACGCUGAUUACUUAGACUCCAUAAUGCCCCCUGAGGUCGACCCACCAGAAACAGCAGUCAAGUACUCCCCGGACCAAUUCCUGAGAAUUGGAAGAAGCUCAAACACACCAACAGACCAGACUAAACGAGCUCGUCCCUCCCUUAGUCGGUUUGUCAGAUUUGGAAAACGUUCAACCUCCCAAGAAAAUAAUGAAGACGAAAGCAAUGAAAAGCGAUCGAGUUACCUUAGAAUUGGAAAAUUACCGUCCACUGCAUUCCUUAAUUUUGCCUUCGGACAACCAUCCAGGUAUAGAAAAUUAAGGGAUUCUCAAAUUUCCAAAUCAAGUGUAUUGCGGAUGGGUUAA